AUGAUCAUAUACGCAUCUCGCAAAGUCAAGGCAUAUCGGGCGCGGAAGGCUGAGGAGGCAGCAGUAGCCCCAGCUCUUCCUGCAACGGCCCAAGGCUCACCACUUCAUUCCGCUACUGUUCCGCCUCGCAUACCCAAAAGGCCAUGCCCACAGUGUGCACAAGAGAAAAGGGCUGCUCGCAAAUACCGGUGGAAGCUCUUGUUUUGUCUCCUGCCUGCUUUUUUUGUCUCCAGUCUCGACCUGACCAUUGUUGCUACCGCGCUUCCUGAAAUCGCCUCCCAUUUCGACAAGUUUAAUCAACUCAACUGGAUUGUUACAGCCUUCACGCUGACAUCGACCGCUUUUAUCCCUGUGUGGGGGCAACUGGCGGACAUUUUUGGCCGACAUGCAGCUGUCCAGUCUGCUGUUGUGUGUCUCACUAUCGGCAGCGUUCUCUGCGCAGCCGCACCGGACUGGGCUGUCAUGCUACUUGGCCGAGCUCUACAGGGAAUGGGCACAGCAGGGGUCUCCAAUGUUGCCAUGAUCAUUCUUGCAGAUCAGGUCUCAUUGCGAGAGCAGGCUGUCAACACCAGUAUCUUCCAGCUGAUGAAUGGAGUAGGAUACAGCGUUGGUCCAGUCAUUGGCGGUUAUAUCACCAAUUCCAAUUGGCGAUACUGCUUCGUACUCUGCACCGGUCUUUCCGUCGUCAGUAAUGUGACAAUCUUCCUGCUGCGGAAGGACUUGAAAACAGGCCGAAUUUCAUUGUCCCGGCCACCGAGUGACCAAACUCGACUCCAGGCAUUGAUGUCCGGCAUUACAAGCCUCGAUGUCGGCGGCAUUGUUCUUUUCAUCUUUGGCGUGGGCUUGAUAAUUCUGGGCACGGCCUGGGGCGGAUCGACCUAUCCAUGGCAUUCUGGCGCGGUAAUAUCCAGCCUCGCGAUCGGAGCCGUUCUGAUCAUCGUCUUCAUCGCCUACGAAGCUCUCCUCUCUCCUUCACGCCCUCUGAACCGGCUGUUCCCGAAGACCGUCCCGAUGAUUCCAGGUUCAAUUCUAGGCGCCAAAGACGUGAGUCUGGUCUGCUGCAUUGCUGCCUCGGCCGGGGCCGCAUUAUACUCCGUCUUUUAUUUCAUUGGCAUCUACUUCACGCUUGUGGAAGCGUACGAGGCCAGUCAUGCCGGAGUUCAACUGCUAUACUAUGUGCCGGGGAUUGGGGUCGGCGUCUACUGCGCCAUGUUCAUCUGCAACAUGUGGCCGCGACAGACGUUCUGGCCACUGCUUCUCGGCACUAUCGUCGAGACUGGGGGUAUCGCCACCCUUGCAUACGCCGUCAAGGCGCGGGACAAGACUUUGGUCAACGUGAUGAUGGCGGUGGCGGGAGCCGGAACAGGACUACGCUUCAUGCCCUCGAACCUGCAUUUGGCGGGUAUGUUCCGUGCUCACCUGGCACCUGUAUACAGUCUGCUGCGUUUCGCUCUGCCAUUCGGCGGGACGCUGGCGCUGACAAUCAUGGGCUCCGUGUUCCAGAACCAGAUGAGCGACUAUUUCGGCUCGAGUACUGUAAACUCUGGUAGCAACGGGACUUUCAGUAUGCACAACCAGGCUUCUCUCAACACGAUUGCGACCCUGCCAGCUGGCGAGCAAAACUUGAUUCGAUCCCAGGGCGCCACUGCGACAAUGUGGGCAUUCAUUUCGAUCAUACCCAUCCUGGGGCUAGGGUUGCUUGCCAGCAUUGGAUUGGGGAACGUCUGGAUCUCGAAAAAGCCUUCCGCUAAUACUGACCCGGAGGCAGGCGAGGUGCGGGAGGAUGGCUUAUGUCGAACACAUGCGAACGCCCUGACGGAAGAGGGCAGUGUGGCAGGGAAGCCCAACGCGGUCGAAUUCAUCGGCUCGAGUUAUCUACUAGCUUUGUUCCAAGGCAACGUCCAGCAACUCAAGAAGGCGGGUGCCUCCGAGGAGGAUGCUCCUCUACAUAGAGGGCUGAACGAGGCUGUUAUGCCAGACGGGACGAUUGCCCAAGGCGAGCCUAAGGAGGCUAGGGGGUUGGCGUCAACCUUCACCACGGAGAAGGACCCUAUAGCAUGA